GGAGGCUCCGGGAGUGGGUGGGAGCUGGGAGGCGGCUCUGAGCGGGGCCAGAGGGGCGUGCGUGCGUGUGUGGCCCGUCUUGCGGGCAGUGCGCUGUGUGUGGGGGGGGGGUGCAGGAGGGGCGGGCUCAGCCUGCCAUGCCGGCUGCCGCUGGCCACGGAGGAGGAGGAGGGGGGACAGGGGGAGGGGAACUGGCCGCCAGGGCGGCUCGGUGACGAGGCCAGCCGGCCAGACGGAGGUGGCUGUGUUCCCCGCUGCCCGCGAUGGGGGGACAGAUCACCCGGAGCACCCUCCACGACUCCACUGGGGGCCCCUUCCCUGUCACCUCUCACCGAUGCCACCACAAGCAGAAGCACUGCCCGCCGGUGCUGCCCGGCGGGAGUCUCCCGGCCACGCCGCUGCUCUUCCACCCCCACACCAAGGGCUCCCAGAUCCUCAUGGACCUCAGCCACAAGGCCGUCAAGAGGCAGGCCAGCUUCUGCAACGCCAUCACCUUCAGUAACCGCCCGGUCCUCAUCUAUGAGCAAGUCAGGCUGAAGAUCACAAAGAAGCAGUGCUGCUGGAGCGGGGCACUGCGGCUGGGCUUCACGAGCAAGGACCCGUCCCGCAUCCAUCCCGACUCGCUGCCCAAGUACGCCUGCCCCGACCUGGUGUCCCAGAGCGGCUUCUGGGCCAAGGCACUGCCUGAGGAGUUUGCCAACGAGGGCAACAUCAUAGCCUUCUGGGUGGACAAGAAGGGCCGUGUCUUCUACCGCAUCAACGACUCGGCCGCCAUGCUCUUCUUCAACGGGGUCCGCACGGCCGACCCGCUCUGGGCCCUGGUGGACGUCUACGGCCUCACUCGAGGCGUCCAGCUGCUGGACAGCGAGCUGGUGCUCCCAGACUGCCUGCGCCCGCGCUCCUUCACCGCCCUCCGGCGGCCGUCUCUGAGGCGCGAGGCCGACGAAGCGCGCCUCUCCGUGAGCUUGUGUGACCUCAACGUGCCGGGCUCUGACGGCGACGAGGGCACGCCAGCUGCCGGCUGCCCCAUCCCGCAGAACUCGCUCAACUCGCAGCACAGCCGCGCGCUGCCCCCGCAGCUCGACGGCGACCUGCGCUUCCACGCGCUGCGCGCCGGCGCGCACGUCCGCAUCCUGGACGAGCAGACGGUGGCGCGCCUGGAGCACGGGCGCGACGAGCGCGCACUCGUCUUCACCAGCCGCCCUGUGCGUGUGGCUGAGACUAUCUUCGUCAAGGUCACGCGCGCGAGCGGCGCGCGGCCCGGCGCGCUGUCCUUAGGUGUCACCACGUGCGACCCCGGCACGCUGAGGCCGGCCGACCUGCCCUUCAGCCCCGAGGCCCUGGUGGACCGCAAGGAGUUCUGGGCCGUGUGCCGCGUGCCCGGGCCCCUGCACAGCGGCGACAUCCUCGGCCUUGUGGUCAACGCUGACGGCGAGCUGCACCUCAGCCACAACGGCGCCGCGGCGGGCAUGCAGCUGUGUGUGGACGCCUCACAGCCGCUCUGGAUGCUCUUCGGCCUGCACGGGUCCAUCACACAGAUCCGCAUCCUUGGCUCCACCAUCCUGGCAGAGCGGGGCAUCCCAUCGCUCCCCUGCUCCCCCGCCUCCACACCAACCUCCCCCAGCACCCUGGGCAUCCGCCUCUCUGACCCCUCACUCGGCACCUGCAGCUCUGGCCCUCUGGGGAGCUCUGCUGGAGGGACAGCCCCCAACUCACCAGUGAGUCUGCCCGAAUCACCAGUGACCCCAGGCGGGGGCCCGUGGAGCGAUGAAUGCACCAUUUGCUAUGAGCACGCGGUGGACACGGUCAUCUACACGUGUGGCCAUAUGUGCCUCUGCUAUGCCUGUGGCCUGCGCCUCAAGAAGGCUCUGCACGCCUGCUGCCCCAUCUGCCGCCGGCCCAUCAAGGACAUCAUCAAGACCUACCGCAGCUCCUAGCCAUCUCGGACCCACCUGCUCCCCAGCUUCCUCUGACUCCGGCCCGGCUCCAGCUGAGGCGCAAGUCAACAGGGCCCCUUCUCUUCAUUUUGGAAAUUCUUUCCCCUUCUCAUUAAACUUGGGAAACAGCCCCUGAGGUCUGGAGAGGAAGGGGUGUCAGGCUGGGAGGUGGGGGCAGAAGCAAGUUGCUGCUCUUCCCUGCAGGCCGAGGGGCUAAAGCUGGGGAGGGGGGAUGGUCUCAGCCUGUCCUGGUCCUUUCCUGCCUGGGGUGGAUUCCCAGGAGUCUCUUUAGCCUGUGUGGCACCUUUGUGAACAUUAGAAAGUGCAUCCCUUCCUCUGGGCAGAUGCGGCCCUGAGCCCAGACAUGCGGCUUGGCUAGUGGAGUGUGCACUGGGACUUCAGCCUGUUUUCUCCUUCAGCCAGCUGCCCUUGAGCAGUGCACAACCUGUACAACGGCAGCCCUGGGCAGGCAGUUCCUGGGCUGCUGCCUUACUCUCUGACCUUCCCUCACUGUCUCCUUCCUUCUUUCCCUGCCCCUUGGGCCUGGCAGCCAAGGGUAAGAUGGCCAGUGGAUCCCUGUCAUCGCAGGAGGGCUGCCCCUCUGUGCUGUGCCUGUCUCCCACUCACCCUGGAUGGGUGGACAGACAGGCUUCAGAAGCCUCUUGGCUCUGGGUUGCUGGCCUCCUGGCCUGAUUGAGACGUGGAGGGCCCCUUCCUGGUCAUGGCCUGUUUGCCUCAGUGGGCUGAGGGAUGCUCUUGCCUGGAGGCAGCCCCUUGGCAUGGGCUGUAGAGCAGGGUAGGUCUUCUGUCAGGCUAGCAUCCCCAGGAGAGGCCAGGAUCCUGGGUUGGGAGUAGAGGACUUCCUGGAGUAAGAACAGCUUUUUUUUUUUCCCCUGUACUUUUAUUUAUUUAUUUAUUGGGUGUGUAGGGGUUAGUUUGGGUGGGGGGAGUGAAUUCCCACCCCCAAGACCCCUAUAAAUGCUGCCCUAGUAGGUGGAGUGCCUGGUUGGAGGGGCCAGCAGAGGUUGUCAUCACUUAAACUCUUCCCUAAACUCCAGCCCACAAGUCUAUAGCCAGCUCUGCUUACCGUGAAAUAGAACUCCAUAAAAAGGGGCCGAGUUGGGAUGUCUUUUGGCAACUUGUGUCCACUUUCUAGAGAGGGCAGCAGGGCCUCUGCAGUGCCCUGGGACUAGUGGAUCACCCGGAGACACAGAAUGCCCUUCUUGGGCUGGAGCAUGGGUAUCGUAACUGGCUCAUAUACAUCAGGAGGCCCAAGUUCCCCACUCUGUAAGGACAUGAAAAGGUCUGGGCAGGCUGGGGGAGGGAAGGCCAGCUGGUCUUGCCAUUGUAGGUGCUCUGUCCCCCAGGAGAGAGAAGGGGGUGGGUCCCAGCACCUCUAGGUUCUUGAUCCUGAUUUUGGAGUGAGGGAGGACCCCCAGCUGCCCUUCGGUUAUAGUCAUCUCAGCCCUGCACGCCUGUCCUGGUAGGCCAUGGGCUGGGGCCAGCUCUCAGAGUCCUGGCCAAGUCUCCCCGAGCCUCCAGCCCUCUGUCCCCUCUGAAGGCUUUUUUACGCCCAUUGGAGACUGCUUUGUUACAUGGCCUGCAGAGCAUGGGAUUCUAGACCUGGCCACUGACCAGUUGUGUGGCCCUGGCCAGGUCACAGUCGCUCUGAGCCUCAGCUGCCACCUCUGUAAAAUGAUUGUUGGGGGUGUGGGAAGACUUUUUUUGUGACUCUUGGGAGGUUCUUUGGUGGUGGCUGCUAUGGGGUGGUGUGGUGGGAAGCACAGGGAGGGGGGUCACGAUGCCAGGCCAGCCCUAUCUGUACCUGCCUUGCAGGGCACCUUUGGGAAGUCACCAUUCUGCCAUGGGUCUCUACUCCCCACUAACCCCGUAGACCUCUUCUGUGGGAGUGGUGUGAGAUGGGGCUGGUGGUGGCCCCAAGCAGUCAGGGCGCCCAUCCCAGAGGCAAGAGAAGUUCGUAAGUGCAGGGGCUGUGUGGCCUGAGGGUCAGGGAGAAGAAGCCAUCCAUCCCAUUGUCUCUGUUAGUGUGAGGGUAGCCGCUGCCUCCUUUGUGAACUUGGAUCACCGUGAUUGUGAAUAAAGGUGAUUUCGUACCAGC